AUGGAUUGGAUUUUAGCCCAUUCAGAGGAUCCAGAUAUUGAUGAACCAUACACAGAAGCAGCAGGAUAUGUUCUUGGUGCUGGUUCUAAUGACAAAAAUAAUGAAUCAGAACCAGGAUCUGAGAAUUCUUUGUCUCAGUCAACUGAACCGGACGUUAUACCUGAAAAUGCUCCAGGCAUAGAAGAUGAGGAAGGAAAAGUUGAGUUGACCAGAUGUCUAGAACUAUCAUAUAAGAGGCUUUUUUUUCUUUUUCAUCUUUUUCUUUUUUCUUUUUCUUUUUUCUUCUUCUUCUUUUUUCUUCUUUUUCUUCUUUUUUCUUCUUUUUUUUCUUUUUUCUUCUUUUUCUUCUUUUUUCUUCUUUUUCUUCUUUUUUCUUCUUUUUUCUUCUUUUUCUUUUUUCUUCUUUUUCUUUUCUUUUUUUUUUUUUCUUCUUUUUUCUUUCUUCUUUUUCUUUUUCUUCUUUCUUUUCUUUUUCUUCUUUCUUUUCUUUUUUUCUUUUUUUUUUUUUUUUUUUUCUUUCUUUUCUUCUUUCUUUUUUCUUUCUUUCUUCUUUCUUUUUCUUUUUUUUUUUCUUCUUUCUUUUUUCUUUCUUUUCUUUUUCUUCUUUUUUCUUUUUCUUCUUUUUUUCUUUUUUCUUCUUUCUUUUUCUUUUUUCUUCUUUCUUUUUCUUUUUUCUUCUUUCUUUUUCUUUUUUCUUCUUUCUUUUUCUUUUUUCUUCUUUCUUUUUCUUUUUUCUUCUUUCUUUUCUUUUUCUUUUUUCUUUUUUUUCUUUUUCUUUCUUUUUUUUUUUUUUUUUUUUUUUUUCUUUUUCUUUUUCUCUUUCUUUUUUCUUUCUUCUUUUCUUCUCUCUCUCUCUCUCUUUUUUUCUUGUUCUCUUUCUCUCACUCUCUUUUCUCCUGUGGCAAACUAUUACAGACAGAUGAUGAUUUGAACCUCCAUGCUUCUCGAACGAAACAUGUUAAUUAUGAAAAAACAAUGGAGAAAAUAAAAGAAAUGACACCUGAAGAAAAGAAAGAACAAAUGGAAAGAUUGCAGUCCUUACUGAAGCAAAAGAGAAUCGAGAGAGAAGAGAAAGAACGGAAAGACCACAUCCAAAAGGAAAAGAAACGACGAGCGGAUGGCAAAGAUAUUGCUUUACUCAAACAAAUGAUGCAAGAAAAAGAAAUGUUAAAACUUGCUGAACAGCGAAAGAAAGACAGAUUAGAAGAUAAAUUGGCCAGACAACGAGUUUUAGAAAAUAUCAAACGGGACCGAUUAGAAAAAGAAGAGGCUAAUCGGAGAGCUAAAGGACUUUCUCCAUCUGAUGAAUCCGUGGCUCUUAAUUCCAAUGCCACAACAGCACAGCAACCAGCUGCUACUCGAACUGUUUCUGCAUCUCCAAAAGAUAAUACUGAAUGCAAGUUAAUGCUUCGGCUUUCUAAUGGAAUAAAUUUGAAAGCCACGUUUAGCAGUAAAGAAACAUUGGCUGCUGUGAGAGUGUAUGUAAUGGUAAACUGCAAACAAGUCGGUGAUGCUCCACUCAGCUUUUCAACUGCCUACCCAAAGAGAAAGUACACUGAAGAAGACAUGCAACUUCCCCUUAAUGAACUUGGACUUGUCCCAACUGCUGUCCUUAACAUAACUGUUGGUUGA